AUGCAAGCUGUAAUGUGGCUUUUGUCAUUUGUGGCGAUCCAUGAGUUUUCGAGUGUUUAUUGGAUUGAUUCGAGAUUGAUUAGGGACUCUCCGAAUGGGGAUUACGUAGAGGAGCAGGACAUUCCCGGUGCAGAAGCCGAUUACGACUUUUCAGUCGAGGAGCAAGAACCAGAAAUCCAAGAUGAUGAUGAAAAUGAAGAGGAGCACAAUUUAGAAGCACCACACGAACGUCUUCGAAAUAUGGAGCAGCUCAAGAAGACCCCAAGCGGAUGUGAAUGCAAAAUCUGUUUUGUUGAGUACAGUACCACCAGGAUUCCGAGAAUUCUCAGGGAGUGUGGACACACGGUUUGUGAGAAGUGCGCUGGUCAAUUGUUGGAAAGUGGUACUAGUACAUCAUUCAUUACAUUCUACAAAGCCAGUACGUCCAUUAGAUGCCCAUUCUGUCGGGAGGGUACUGUAGUGAGAGGCAGCGUGCAGCAGAUGCCAAAGAACUAUGAGUUGAUGGAAGUUAUUGGGAUUUGA